GGAACUUCGGCGUACCAGAUCGAAGGAGGAUGGAACGAGGAUGGUAAGGGUGAAUCGAUCUGGGACCAUUUGGUGCACAACUACCCGGAGAAGAUCGCCGAUCGUACCAACGGAGAUGUGGCGUGUGACAGUUACCAUAAUUGGCGUCGUGAUGUGGAAAUGAUCCGCGAAAUCGGUGUUGACAUCUAUCGCUUCUCACUUGCCUGGAGCCGCAUACUGCCAACCGGUAUUAGCAAUCAAGUCAACCAGAAAGGCAUCGAUUACUACAACAAUCUUAUCAACGAGCUGCUAAAGUACAACAUCACACCGAUGGUGACGCUCUUUCACUGGGACACACCGCAACGUCUGCAGGAGAUGGGAGGUUUUACGAACCGGCUUAUCGUGGGACACUUCCGAGAGUAUGCGCGUGUGGCGUUCGAACAUUUUGGCGAUCGGGUAAAGAUCUGGACAACGUUCAACGAACCACCGCAGACGUGCCGUCUGCCGUACGAGUACGAUGCGAUGGCACCGGGAAUAGAAUUCCCGGGAAGCUACACGUACCUUUGCACGCACCAUCUGCUGCUAUCGCACGCUGAGGCUGUGGAUCUGUACCGGAAAGAGUUUCAACCGACGCAAGGUGGUCAGAUCGGUAUAACGGUCGAUGGAUCUUGGGCCGAACCGGUGUCGGAGGAUGAGCGGGAAGCAUCGGACGUUACGAUGCAGUUUUUGUUCGGAAUCUACAUGCAUCCAAUCUACAUUGGUAACUACCCGCAAGUGAUUAUCGAUCGCAUUGGCAACUUAAGCAUUCAGCAGGGCUUCAAGAAGUCCCGGCUGCCUUCGUUUACGGCAGAGGAACUUACCAAACUUAGGGGUUCGUCCGACUUCUUCGGCUAUAACGGAUACACAACCAAUCUGGUGUAUAUGAACGAUGCAGCCAACUCGGCAAACUUCCGUGAACCCUCAUUCGAUCACGAUCGUAACACGGUUGAGUAUCAAGAUGACAGUUGGCCUUCGACCGGUUCCUCUUGGCUGAAGGUUUAUCCAAGGGGAAUGUUCAACGUGCUGAGCUGGAUUCGCCGGGAGUACAACAACCCACCGGUUUGGGUAACUGAGAAUGGGUACAGCGAUCUUGGAGGCACUAGAGACGUGGGUCGUGUACAGUAUUACAAGGAUUAUCUGAACGCGAUCCUGGAUGCGAUCGAUGAUGGAUGUGACGUACGGGGCUACGUUGCCUGGAGCCUGAUGGACAACUUUGAAUGGCGUGCGGGGUUAAGUGAACGGUUCGGACUGUACUACGUGAACUAUACUGAUCCGGGUCUGACGCGGUACGCCAAAUCUUCUGCCAAAGCGUUCGGUAACAUUGUGCGCAAUAGAUGGAUCGAUCCGGAUGAUAUGCCUGAACCGGAACUGUACAUACCGGGACCGGGCGAUGAACCAGCUAUCACCACGACUACCGUACGCGUAGAAACUACCACGAAGCAAGACGAUGAUGAUGACGGUGCGACGGGAUUGUUGGUGUCGAAGCUGUUGAUUGUAGUAGCAUUUAUGGUGUACGUACUAAAUAUGUAAAAAGAAUGUAUGUUUUGGUUUUGCAAUGAACACAGACGAUCGUGUGUAAACUCUCCGGAAGCACAUGGAAAGAAACAUGAUUCAGAACUAAACAGUCCACUGUCCUAAAUUCCUCUUAUCAGCUUCG